CUGAGAAGCCGAAAUAAAGCCGCCCUUUGCUACUGUCGAAAGGAUCAUUUGCAGCUGCUCUUCUUCUCCUCUGCAUGAGCGAGAGAUCGAACCCACCUUAUAUAUUUCGAGCGCAAUAUUGAUUCUCCUGAGUCCUCUCUGGUUUCUCCCCGAGUCUCGCUCUCCGAACCUCUCCCGAUCUCCUCAUGGCUCAGUUGGCGGCAUCUCAGGUUGCAGUGAGUGUUCCUGUUGGGAGCGAUUUGUCCACCAGAAGAUCCGUGUUGAAGACAAAUAGCUUAAACUUUCAUGGCAAAUCAUGGGCACCUUUCUUAUCACUGGAAUUGAAAACAACAAAUGCACAAUUGAGAAAUAAACAGAUAAUAUGCCAAUCAGUGCAACAAGCUAGCGUACCUAAAGUUGUUGUUUCCCCUUCAAGCCUCGAAGAUGCCAAAGAGCCCCCACUAAAUACAUACAAGCCUAAGGAACCUUAUACAGCAACCAUUGUCUCUGUUGAGAGGCUUGUGGGGCCAAAAGCUCCUGGAGAGACUUGCCAUAUUGUGAUUGAUCAUGGUGGCAAUGUUCCAUACUGGGAAGGGCAGAGUUAUGGUGUAAUUCCUCCUGGUGAAAACCCAAAGAAACCAGGGGCUCCCCACAAUGUUCGUUUAUAUUCAAUUGCCUCCUCUAGGUAUGGAGACUUCUUUGAUGGCAAGACAGCCAGCUUCUGCGUCCGCCGUGCUGUUUAUUAUGACCCUGAAACUGGAAAGGAGGAUCCUUCCAAGAAUGGUGUAUGCAGCAAUUUUUUAUGCAACUCAAAGCCUGGAGAUAAAAUUCGGAUCACAGGCCCCUCUGGCAAGGUAAUGCUUUUGCCUGAAGACAACCCAAAUGCCACCCACAUAAUGAUUGCUACUGGAACUGGCAUUGCUCCAUUCAGAGGCUAUCUUCGCCGUAUGUUCAUGGAGUCUGUUCCUACAUUCAAGUUCAAUGGUCUUGCAUGGCUGUUCCUUGGGGUGGCUAAUUCUGACAGUCUCCUCUACGACGAUGAAUUUACAAAGUACCUUAAGGACUACCCAGACAACUUUCGCUUUGACCGGGCCCUUAGUAGAGAGCAAAAGAAUAAGAGUGGAGGCAAGAUGUAUGUUCAGGACAAGAUUGAAGAAUACAGUGAUGAAAUCUGUAAACUUUUGGAUGAUGGUGCCCACAUCUAUUUCUGUGGGCUUAAAGGAAUGAUGCCUGGAAUCCAGGAAACCUUUAAGAGGGUUGCGGAGCAAAGAGGGGAGAGUUGGGAACAGAAGCUCUCACAACUAAAAAAGAACAAACAAUGGCACGUUGAAGUGUACUGAUUUACAUGGUGAUUAAUGUCAUGUAUGCGAGUUUCAUGAAAAUUGCAUCAGGCACAUUCUGUUGGCUUUUUUUAAAUUGCUCAGCUUUUUAGAUGAGGAGCUUGAGUGACAAUUACCAUUUUAUCUGUACUAUUAAAAUAACCAUUAAGACAAGUUAGAUUCUCUUGGUUGGUAAAAAUUAAGAACCCUUUUCAGUAGGUGAUCUCAAGAAAUCUUCUCACAUGGCUUGUUUUCAAAUAAAUUAAAAAUUGCAGUA